CUGCAGAUACUCCACGCUUUCUUUUUUAACAUGACCUGAAAUAACGUCCUUUUUCCAAGUCGUGGACGUCAAGACCGUCAUAAAAAAAAGAGCAAAGAAGAGGACCUCCUGCUGUCACCUGGCUGUAUGUCGAAUCUCUCCACCCCUUGAAUUGUGGAUGCCAGUCCGGUUUGAGGUUGUACACCCCGAGGACUAGAUGCGAUAACCAGGACGAGAUAUGCCGCAGCCGAAAUCACGAAAAAUCGCCAUCCUCGGGUACAGAUCCGUAGGAAAGUCUUCCUUGACUAUUCAGUUUGUGGAGGGCCAGUUUGUGGACUCAUAUGACCCAACAAUAGAAAAUACAUUUACUAAAACGAUCACGAUAAAUGGACAAGAGUACCAUCUUCAACUGGUAGACACAGCAGGACAGGAUGAGUACUCUAUCUUCCCACAGACCUACUCCAUAGAUAUCAACGGUUACAUUCUGGUCUACUCCGUCACAUCCAAUAAAAGCUUUGAAGUUGUACAAGUUAUCCAUGAAAAACUAUUGGACAUGGUGGGAAAAGUUCAAGUUCCAAUUAUGCUCGUCGGGAACAAGAACGACCUACACAUGGAGCGGGUCAUCAGUUGCGAAGAAGGAAAAGCAUUAGCCGAAUCCUGGAACGCUGCCUUCAUGGAGUCCUCAGCUAAAGAGAACCAGACCGCCGUGGAAGUUUUCCGGAGGAUGAUCCUGGAGGCAGAGAAGAUGGAAGGUGGCGUGCAGCCAGGAAAAACGUCCUGCUCCAUGAUGUAGAGCCGCCCACUCGACACAAGACACUGCACUGGGAUAUCCCGUUACUUGAAGGCUAGCUGCCAGUUCUCCUCCACCUCAGCUGACUCCACCCCUUCAGGGUCCUAAAUAUCCGACACCGUCUAUUUAUGGCUCUGAUUCCACUGUUAUGUCAUCCUGGUUUUUCUUUGUGUUUGAUGAAAAAAAAAAAAAAGGAUCAGUGGCGGUUCCCCUGUCUUCUAUUUCCCACAAUGCACCCCUCCUCCCUCUCCGUGCUCGGCUCCGAUGCGAAACACAGAACUUGGGUGUAUCAGAAAAAAGGUUUUCCUGUGUUGGUUUGUAACGACUCCUGUAACUAAGGCCAGAGAUAGUUAAUGGCAUGAUGCAUCGUAGCUCCUCAUUAUGAAGCUUCCAUAUCAGCAACGAGUCCUUUGUUUCAAUAACGAGAGAGAAGCGAAACGUCAUGUCGGCCAUGCAUUCGCUCUGAAAAUGGAUAGAAGUCACGGACGUUUCUCCUGAUACAUCACCAGCUGUGUGGUGCCUCCAAUAUAUUCAGCUCUUUUUCUACUUAAUCUCCACGCAGUACCCACUUCUCUGUCCCUCAGUUUGUUUUCAUAGUGGUUACUGUCAUCCCCAAAAUAAUCUGCAUCCAUUUUCUAAUGUUGAAAAUGUUGUACAAAUGUUUUUGAUUGUAAUCAUUAAAGCAAAAAGGUGGUUAUGUAAA